CUUUCUUCCCCCACAUCACAUAAAAUUUCUGAUAUUCUAAAAUAUAACAUAUAUAUGAUAUAAAAUGACAACCCAAAUCAACAACCCCCGCAUAACAAUCCAAUACUGCACCCAGUGCAAAUGGAUGCUACGCGCCGCAUAUUUCGCCCAAGAACUCCUCUCCACCUUCUCCACCCAACUAGGCGAAGUCGCCCUCGUCCCUGCUACGGGGGGGUUAUUCGCAAUCACCCUCUUCUACUAUCCUGUCGAGGACCCCCAGUCUGAGGGUCAACCUGGAGAAGUGCAGGAAACGCUCCUCUGGGAUAGGAAGCGGGAUGGGGGGUUCCCUGAGGUCAAAACGCUCAAAUCCCUCGUGAGGAACGUGAUUGAUCCGCAGAGGGACUUGGGGCACACGGAUAGGGCUUUGAGGGGGGCUUCUUCUACUGCUGUUCCUACUACUGCUACUACUGGUGAUACUGCUGCUGCUGGUGCUGCUGGUGCAACGGGUCCUACUGCAGAAUCGGCGGAGAAAAAAGAAGAGUGUACUGACUGUCGGUGAUUGAUCUUUGUCCUACCUAUAUUCUCUGUAUAAACUGUGAUGUCUUGGCUGUUAACAUAUUAUAUAUCCUGUUCAUGUUUCUAUCCUAUCGUCAAAUGCUAUCCGCACUUGCAGAUAUAUGUAGACGUCUGAUCUAGAUAUAUCCAUCGAGUCAAGAUAACAACC